GGUAGGCGGCUUUCUAUUUAGGAAAAAAAAAUGACUUCGAACUGUCAUUAUCAAAAUUCUCCGUUCUCAUUUGUGCAGUUUUAGAGGAUCUAAAUUGUUAGUGUAAUUAAAAAACAGGUAUAGCAUGAGCGACAGCGUCAUCAGCAAUGAGAGCGAUUCGGAUGUGGGAUCAAAUCCCUCAUGGACCAUCUUGGAGGGUGAUGAAAAUGGUGACAAUACCUUGACACAAACCCCGCCGGCUUUAAUUACCGAUAUCAUCGAACUGGAACCGUUUGAACAGCGUUCAAUUUUAGAAAUAGAAGAUUUGCCUUCUGAAGAAAGCAAUGAGAAUUGUGAAAAUUUACCAAAUUUGAUUUUACCAGACGACGAUCUACUAGAAAAUGUCAACGGAGUUAAACAAAAUGAAGACUUUGUAAAAAUCGAGGAACAAUCUGAAAAUAAUGCUCAACAAGAUGCGAAUAAGACAUCAGUUUUGACUAAGAUCGCACGCAAGAUUGGCCUUCAGAGACGAAGAAAAUUGAAACCUUCAACAACUGGAAUUGUUGUUGCUGUUGGAACAGCAAUAGCCGUAACCAGUCUGCUUUGCUUCCUAUUAUUGGCCCCUCCUCUCAAAAAACAGCAAGUCAAUUCUUCGACUCCUAACAAGUACACCACGAAUAAAAAGAGUACUGGCACCGACAUACGUAACUCUGGCAUUGUUGAAGACCAUUUUGGAACUUCAUCAUGUUGCUCGUUUUUCCAGUUUUCUCCUUCUGGUUACGACACCACAAAUAUAUACGGCUGUUGCCCAAAAAAUUCAAGAUAUAACAAAUCAGCAUGUAGUUCUCCAAUUUCUAAACACAAAUCGGAAGAUUCUGCCGAUCGACUAAAUCGUAAAGAGAGUAUCAUAUCACUAAACAGUGAUACCAAUAGUUCAUCUUCCAUGGUGGAUAAAAAAGAUUCCAAGGAAGAUAUGGGUUUUGUCUUAGUUGAACCUAUGAAAGAGAAAUCUUCCCAAAACCACAUCAAUCUUAAUUCCAACAAAAACAGCGAAUUGUCCAAGGAUACUUAUGAUUUCGCUAUUGGUCCUCGCUCUUUAGAUUAUUACUUGAAAGUUAUUGAAGGUGAUAUUGGAUCUCGAAAACAAAUUCAAACUCUUGAAGAAAGCAAGAAAAUAGUCAAUCAGAAGCAUUCUACAGACAAAACCAAAACCAGUGUAUCUUCUCCUGGCGCAGCGGACAGAGAUAAAAAGUCAAGAAUCAAUGAGAGCAUUAAGAAGAAUGAAGGAAUACUAAAAAGUAGCGAAAAUAACAGAAACCACCAAAUAGAAAAUUUUCUCAAGAAACAAAGUUUUGAAAAGAGUGGUUCACCGAAGAAGAACAAAGUAAAUAAAUGUAGUACAGAAAGUUUUAUCAGUAAUAGAAAAGCAAAUGAUGAAAAAGUAAACUUGUCGCCUAAAUCAUCCACUACAUCUAUUGCUUUGAGUUCUAACAAUAACAUCAAGACAAGUAACAGUUCUUCCCAAAAAGCAAACUCAAUUUCUUCGGAAAUAAAAUUUCCCGAAACACGUAGCAAGAAUGUUAACAAAAUCUGGGAGACACCAGUUAUGAGAACAAUUGAAAUGGAAAAAGUGGAAAGACCAAAGGUGACUGUGGAUCAAAAAUCGAAAAAUACAAUCUCAUCAUCUAAAGGUUUAACAAAUCAAGUACUAGAAGACAAUACAACGACUUCAAGAAAUAAAGAAACCGGAAUUAUCAAGGAUUAUACGGGCAACAUAACGGAACUAAUUGUUGAUUUCAAUAACUUCGAUCCCAUCAAAAACAAACUAACACAAUAUUCAGAAUUGGAUUCUAUCGGCGACGGGAACAGAACAUUAUCAUUUCAAAAACUGUUACCUCCGAAUAACUCCUUCGUUUAUGAUUUAUUGGUGAAACUAGUGAGAAACUUUUUAAUCUUGAAACUUUUUUCAAAAAUCAUAGACAUCGUUGACAAAGUGAAAAAGCUUCUUAGAAGCCACAGACACAAAGAAGUCAGAAACAAACACGUGUAUAAAGUUUUAAAAUCCGUUCACGCUGAGGUGCAUGAGACUAAGUGCUUACUUCAACAAAUCUGCACCCACUUUAUGAUUGCCAACAGGAUUCGUAUAAUGGCGAGUAAUCGGCAAGAAUGCAUUCCUAAAUUGAAGGAGGAAACAAAAAGCAACGAGAAAGUUAAAAGUUCCUCAAGCAAAACAGAAAGGAAAAGUGGAACAAGAUUAAACACCAAUAAUAAAUCGACGAAAGAUAUCAAACCUGAAAAUACUGGAAAGAUCAAGCAAAUUUCUUCCAAAAACGACGUCGCGAAAAAGAGUUCCGACAAAAUUAAAAAAAAUGCGUCGCUAACACGAAACGAACUGAAUGUAACUUCUUCAAACAGCCGCGAAAAGGCUACACUCCAAAGCGAGAACAACAAAGCAAAAUCCAUCUUGCUUACGAAACUCCAGAGAAAGCACCAAGAGUAUUUAGAAGUUCUAAGAAAACAGCACGAAGAACGACUAAGGCAAUUAUAUCUCCUCAGAGUUGAUCAGCAGAAGAUGAUAUCAGAUUUAAUUCAGCGAAAAAACGAGCAAGAAAGUCGUACGUCUGUUUUGACAAACCUUGAAGAAACCCCCAAGAAUGAGCAGGAUUCAAAAAGCACCACCAAAAUAAAGAAAAGCGUCCAAAACUUGAAAGCUUCCAAGUCCAAAGUAAACAGUUCCAACAUUGUGGAAGAGCCGAAGAAGAGUAUCAAGAAAGGUUUCAAAAGAACUUUGGAAUACUGCGAAGAUGCGAGCGACGAAAACUCCGACGAAGACAAUUUAUUAUUGGAGAAGACAAAACGACCCAUCCACAAACAAAUUGCGCCCAAACAUGAAAAUUUGAGCAAAUCUGAAACUCCGUCAACUGAAAGUGAUUUAAGAAUUCAAUUGGACAAAAGAAAACUCUACUUACACGAAAAAAUUGAUGUCAUGAGGAAGGCCACCCAGUCUCUCAGAGAAACCAUGAACAAAUUCAAAGAAAACAGAUUACAAUUCGAACAAGAAGAAAGAACAGAAGCUAAUUUAUGCGAAUCUACAAUCUCCUCGUCAUGCUGUUCUGAAAGUCUAGCACUUUGCCAAAACAAAGGAAUCACGUGGAAAAGCAGUAGUAAUAUACCAAAGCAAACGUUUCUGUCAGAAACUGUAAUCAACCACUCAGAAGAUACCAAUAACAAUUCAAAUGUAAAACCAGUCGAAUUAAAAACUACCUGUCGCAGAAGCGAGGAAGAGUUAAAACGUUUAAAAAAUUACUUCAAAGACCAAAUCCUGAAGUUGAAGCAGAAAAAAGAAGCACUUAAAGCAGAAUCCAACGCAGAUAAUAAUAACAACAAAAUGCAGGUUGUUGUUCGACAACCUAGUAACGUAUUUAACUUUGCACCUGCCCAAAAGUUUAACUUUGCACCUAACCAAAAUAAUCUACCACCAGUGACAUUCGAGUCAUCUGAAGGUUCUUCCAGUACGGAUUCACCUUCCACGUUUCCAACAACCGUAUCGAUUUCUACAACCAAUGAAGGUCCAUCACUUCAAAAUGACGUUGUAUUUUUCGGAGAGCAUUCGAAUUCGGCAGCGUCGCCAAACGUAGUAGAGAACAACAACUUUGGCUUGUACCAUUUCUCUGACGUUUCCCCCCGUCCAAGACGGCCAUCCGAUCGAAUAUUUGAACUUCUUUUCGACAAAAAGAGACCGAUGAUAAAUAAAAGAGAUAAGCUGUUCUGGCUUAAAUAUCACAAAGGCAAUAAGAGGAUGUUGCAGCAGAUUUAUAAAAAUUAUUCGACGAAACUGGGCCAGAAAAAGAAAAGGAUAAAAUUGCAGUAGGUAAUAAUAUCGUGUAUUCCGAUAUUAAUUGGUACAUUUAGAUGAGAAUUGACAUUGAUUAGCAUUAGAAGGCAUUAUUUGGAAUGAUAUUUAUUGAAUAUAAAAUAUAAAACGUA